AUGGCAGCAGCAGCGCAGGUCAGCAGAGAGGGUCCCAUCCCGGCAUUCGAUGAGUACGUGCCGCCGGCGUACCUCGCCGCGUUGCGGAGCCACCCAUCGAUGGUUACUGUGGGCGGCGUGGAGGGUCUGCAGCUCGCCACGGCCCCCGAGGCCUAUGCGGAUUUGCUGUCGCCUCAGGCCCUCAAUUUCGCUGUCGAUCUCUACCGCCGAUCUCUCACCUUCCAGCAUGCCCUACAGCCGGCCCUGGCCCACCGCAAGAUGAAGAGGAACUGCCUCAAUCGUGCCGCUUCUGCCCUCGCCGAGGCAUCAUCACAGCACAAGAAUCAGGCCAAGGUGGCGCUGCAAGAUGUGCGGUUGGACGAUGGUACGGUGGCGCUGGGCUACCGGCCCGACACCAAAGGGCUCCGCGACGACCUCUCGUGGAAGGUGGCCCCCAUUCCGGCCUCGUUCGCGCGCUUCCACGACACCAUCACGGCCCCGCCUGCCGCCCUGCCCAUCGCCAAGGCCCUCGGCUGCGGGGUGCACUUCCUCAUGGUCGACUUCGAGGACUCGUCCACCGUCGCCUACGAGAGCCUACUGGCCGGCCUCCACGCCUGCACCCUGGCCAACCGCCGUCAGUUGGUCGCGACCAGCCCCAAGGGCAAGCGCUACGCGGUCACUGACGACGGCAAGCCUAUCUCGACCGAGAUGCUGCUGCGCUUCGAGGGCCUGCACCUCCCCAACGCCCACUUCCUGGUAGACGGCUUCCCCAUGCCGGCCCACAUCGUCACCAUCGCGCUCUACCUCUACCACAACUGGCAGCCGCUCCAGCGCAUUGGCAAGACGCCGGCGUUCUACAUUCCGAAGCUGGAGACCUUCGAAGAGGCGGCCUACCUGGCGGAGCUCUUCCGGGCGGCCGAGGCGCAGCUGAGCACCGCGUCGCGCGGCGCCUACAGGCCGGGUGCCCUCCGCUGCCUGGCCAUCGUCGAGAACGUGUUCGCGGCCUACCAGAAGGAGGAGAUCCUGUUCGCCCUGCGCGACUACAUCGUGGGCCUCAACUGCGGCUGGCACGACUACAUGGCCUCCAUCGGCGCCGUCCACCAGAACCUGCCCUCCUUCACCAUGGCCCCCAAGUCCAACCUCAGGUCUUCAUCCCACUACAUCGUCAUCAUCACCUUCACCUUCACUUUCACUUUCAUCUUCUUCAUCGUUUUUCAUCACCUGGAGGCCUACCAGAUGGGCGUGGUGGACGCGUGCAAGAGGCGCAGUGCGAUCCCCAUCGGCGGAAUGAACGGUAUGGUGCCGCCACGCGGCCCGCACGCCAAGGCCUCGUGGGAGAGGAUCGUGCCGGCCUUCGCCCAGGACUUCAACGUCCAAGUUGACCGCGGGCUCGAGGGCUGCUGGUUGGCUAUGCCCAAGCUGGCGCCGGUGAUCUUGAAGCUGAUCGCCGACAUGGAGGAGCGCAAGCGGAAGCAGUCGCCCGAGCAAAGGAAGGCCGAGCACAUGAAGAUCGUCGAGAGGAUCAGGCAAAUCACGCACGAGAAGAUGUUGGUGUCGGGUCUGGAUUACGAGGUGUCCAAGGAGGAGGACUGCGAGCGCAACCUGUCGGACGCUAUCCAGUACCUCACCUCCUACCUCGCGGGCAACGGCUACGUGCCCAUCACCAAGACCUUCCCCGACGGCGUGCCCGUCACGCUCGUGGAGGACGCCGCCACCCUGGAGCGUUCUCGCAGGGAGCUGUGGAGCAUGCUUCGCUACGGUAAGGAAGUGCUCCUGGCCAACGGCCAGAAAGUUCCGCUGUCGAGGGAGCUGCUGGACAAGCUGGUGAAGCGCGUGGUGCAGAAGGUGAAGGCCAACAAGCUCGACGUGCCGUUCAAUGCCCACACCAAGAUCCCGCUCGACGUCGCCGUGCACAUCGUGUACCAGCUCGUCACGUCGCCCCAGCCGGCCGACUACUUCACCGUGUUCGCCACGCGCUACCUACUCGCGCCGUUCAAGCUCGACCUCAUGGAGGUGGAGCGUCUGGGCAACGUCGACCGCUUCCCCUUCCUGCGCAUGGACAACCUCAUGAAGGGCGCCGAGCUGCUCUUCAUCUCCAACGAGUCCUUCGCCCCCGCCUCCAACCUCCUCAAGGAAACGUACCCGAUCUUCGUGCCUCACUCGUUCGGAUCGGAGGGACAGAUCUACGACGGCUGGGAGACAGUGCGACACAACAUGUAUCCUCCUGAUUUCGUGAUUCUGAAGCUGGAUGCGCCCUCGUUUGUUCACGGCGUCAACAUCGACACGGCCCACUUCGACGGCAACUAUGCCCCCGGUGGUUCGGUCGAGGGUCUCGUGCUUGUGGAGAGAAACAAGCGAUUGCUGCAGAAGUGGGUGACGCUCGUUCCUCAUUCCCUGCUGAAGGGCAACUCGCGCAACUACUUCGCCAGCAUCGCCACUACCGUGCCCGUGGUGAGCGUCAAGCUCAACAACUUCCCCGACGGUGGUAUCGCACGGCUUCAACUCUUUGGCGCCAAGACGGACGAAAAGGUGGCGGACAUGUCCAACGCGGAGUGGACACACCUGGUGGCCCACGAAUGGAUCGGCAAGCUGCAGCCCACCACCGGCUUCCCCGCCCACUUCCAGCCGCCCGAGAACUCGGCGCUCGACGUCGCUCCGCCGGCCCCCGUGACCGAGCGACAGCUCAAGGAGGCCCUGCCGUCUUCCUUCGCCUGGGGCAAGGGCGACGGGCUGGUGGACGUGGUGAGCGUGGACGCGCCCGGCGGUGGCGGUAAGGUGGUGGCGAGCAGCAGCGCGCACUACAGUGUGCCGAGCAACAUGCUCAAGGCGCCGCGCGCGCUGAACAUGGGCGACGGCUGGGAGACGGCGCGCAUGCGUGGACAGCCCGACUACGGUGUGUUCCACCUCGAGGGUCCCGUGCUGAGCGACUACAACUGGACCCUCUUCAAGCUCAGCCAGGAGUGCGUGAUCAAGAAGAUCGGCGUCGACACGCUCCACUUCAAGCACAACAACCCCAUCGCCUUCUCGCUCGAGGGCUGCUACGAACCCGGCCUCACCAAGGACAACUACCACUCUCGCGGCAUCAAGUGGACGAGCCUGGUCAAGCCGAAGGCGCUCCAGCCGCACCUGGAGCACCCGUUUGAUGCGGAGCACGAGGGGCGCGUGACGCACGUCCUCCUCAAGAUCUACCCCUGCGGUGGCAUCUCCCGCCUCCGCCUCUUUGGCAAGCCCGCCAAGGCCUCCGCCCUGUAA